AUGGCAUCUUGUUCUUGUGUUGCAAAGGAAGCAGAAGCUGAUUCUACAAUGCUGCCAAACUGGCUUGAUCUUCCAAGAGACAUCACAAGUAACAUCCUUCAGAGGCUUGGUACAAAGGAAAUUGUUACUAGUGCGUGUCUUGUCUGCCCUCUAUGGUGGGACAUUUGCAAGGAUCCUCUCAUGUGGCACACCAUUCACAUGACUUAUUUUAGAAGUGUUUUCUACAAAAAUCAUUCGGAGUAUCUGAAGGUUUGUCGUUAUGCUGUUGAACGAAGCUGCGGUCAUUUAAAAGACAUUAAUAUUGAGUGCUUUUGCACCGAUGAACUCCUUGAAUGCAUAGCUGAAAAUGGCAGUAACCUUCGAACCAUGCGCCUCCUAAAUUGCCUUAGUAUUUCCGACAAAGGAUUUAGUGAAGCUGUGAGAAAAUUUUCACAGUUAGAGAAGUUGGACAUCUCAUAUUGUAAGCUAUCUAAGGUUUCUCUUGAAGUUCUUGGCCGAUCUUGUCCUCUUCUAAAAUCUUUAAUAUUUAAGACAUAUGGUUAUGUACGUUCGAGUGCUGAUGAUAAUAAGGCUGUUGUUAUUUCUGACACAAUGUCUGGACUAUGUCAUCUUGAUAUUAAAGGAAGCAGGCUCUCUAAUGUCGGGCUUCUUUCUAUUCUUGAUAAAUGUCCUCUACUCGAGUAUCUUAAUAUUCAAGAAUGUUACAAUCUCAAUUUGACUGAAGAUUUGAAGAAAAGAUGCCUUGAGCAGAUUAAGGUUAUAGUAUUCCCAAUCCCUGAUAACCGUGAUGACUUGGAUGAAUAUCUUAUUUUUUAUUAUGAUAUGGACUGUAAUUUUGAUUAUUAUGAUUCUUAUGAUUCUUGUGAUGAUUUUAAUUGA